UUUAUCCUGUAAAGUAUGAAAACGAAACUAUCAUUUAUCAUAUUGACGACAUUAUUUUUGUAAAAAAUAGUUAUCCUUAGGUAGUGCCAUAAAUGGUACAGGCACCUUAAUCGAAUUGGGUUUCUUCUAGAUUGUAUACUUUCUGCACGUACAAAUUCUUGACGUUGAGAAUUGUGCAUCUCAUGAUUGAUUUUAUUUGGUCCCAGACGUUCGGUAUGAUUAGCCUAGCAUGGAGAAGACAGUUGUGGUUAUAAUUUUCGCUUUGGUGAUUUUCGGGAGUAAAUUGACUCAAUCUCGUGAUGUUCCAACUAUUUACGCUGAAGAAGACGAUCUGCAUGAAGCCGAAAAUGAAGUUACAGCAAAGCUUGGAAGAGAAAGUUCACCUAGUGAGGAUGAUACAGAAGUGCCACUACAAUUGCAUCACUUAGAGAAGAAAUUACAGCAAAUAGAAAACAUGAUUGAAAAUCAUGAUGCAGAGAGUUGUCAGGAAACCACUGUCAAUAUGGUUUCUUCUUAUCUGGAAAGAAAGAUUUCACAACAGAAGGAAGAUUUAAAGCAAUUAAUGGAUACGAUGGUCAAGAGAAGCAUUAAAACAGAUGACGAUGAGCAUGAAACACUUCUUUUGAAAAUCGACAAAAUGGGAAACAUGAUCACACAGCUCGUUACGCAGACAAUGGAGGCAACUCUUGAAACAAAGUUCAAGCAGCUAGAAAACAAGGUAAAGAAAACUGUAGAAGAGGCAAUCCCAGGCAAGUCUCCUGAUGGCAGCUUCGGAUAUGAAAUACUGCAAUUAGAGAUUGAUUCACAAAAAGCCAAACUCCUCCAAUUAACAAACCAAAUUACCAGUAUGAAUGAGAAAAUCGUCAAAAGUCUUGCAAACCUCGAACAACUAAUUGCUCAAAAUUUGUCGCAAAUAAUAAACCAUUCAACGGUACCUCCGGAGCAAAACAACAGAUGUGUUAACAAUCAAACAUUGAAGCAGGUACUAUUUGAUUUGGUAAUUUUCAAAAACACGAACAGCUACUACCAAAUCUCAAACCGGCAACACUCUUGCAAAGACAAAGCGAUGAAAACGUCUUCUGGUAAAUACCUGCUACAUCCUAACCUCGAGGAGGAACCAUUUGUGGGCUACUGCGAACAGAACAAGUUCGGCGGUGGUUGGUUGGUAAUUCAACAUCGGUUCAACGGUUCCGUUGAUUUUUAUCGCGGCUGGAAGGACUAUCGGAAUGGAUUUGGAACGAUCGACGGAGAGUUCUGGUUGGGACUGGAAACGCUGCAUCGCCUUACGAAGGACAAACAAUUCACUUUGGUCAUAGAAAUUAAAACCUUUAACGGAAGUUACGCUUACGCCAUGUACGACCGGUUUGAAAUUGGAAGUGAAGCCGAGGGAUACUCGCUGAAACGGGUGGGCAGCUAUAGUGGAAGUGCUAGUGACGGGUUGAAGUACAGUGAGGGGAUGAAAUUUACCACGUGGGACUCCGAUAACGAUCAAUCGACGGACAACUGCGCGGUUGACAGAAAUGGCGCCUGGUGGUACAAAAGUUGUACUUUUAGCAAUCUCAAUGGGAAGUAUCAGAAUGAGGUUAGUAAACAGUCGCUUUGCUGGUACGUUUUUGAUUACACUGACACUGGGCUCAUGAUGUCCCGAAUGAUGAUUCGUGAGGCUUGAAUAAAUACUAUUUGAUGUGGUGAUUGCAAUUGCGACGAUGGAAUGGUUAAUAAAAGUUUGUUUCUUUUACGUAUUCUGUGGUUAUUCUUUGUUGUCUUUUAGUCAAAUUAUAAGCUGUUCCCAGAGUAAAUCGGCAGAAAAGCGAAGAGUAAGCUGCUAUCCGAAAGACCCACAGCGAUUCAAUUGUGAGAAAAGCUGACAGAAACUUAAUUUAUGAACAUAUCAUCAACGAGUUACAGUACAUCAAGCAUUCAUCUACAUCUUACUCACACUCAUAUAAAAAAAAAAAUUCUAAAAAUGUCAAUUCUUACCUCCUGUAUCAGUUGUUUUGAACUCCCAGAUUGAAAAUUUGAGCGAAAUCAAUUAAGUCUAAGAGGGCGCUUUACGAGCUUGAAGUUUGUAUGGGAAUACUUGGCCAAAUGUAUGUAGAAAUCACAGUUUUCGAUUUUUACCGCUAGGUGUCGCUGUAAGCGGUCAACUGAUAAAACCUUUAGUAAUCUUGUAGGUGCAACGUGAUCAGUCGCCUGUGAAAAAAGCUAUACCCUAGGCAAAGUGAGGCAAAACUUACUUACUUUCAUUCCUGAGCACCCAUGGUGGUGCAGAGGGUGGAAUUUCAUUU